UAUGCGAAUAACCUGUUCCGAAAGAUCCGUGUAGUUCUCGUAGUAAUAGAAAAUUACUGCGCACAGUGCUUCGUUUGUUUUCUGUUCUGUUUAAUAAUAAAAGUAUUAAAAAUGUCGUCAGUCAAUAUCGGUUAUGUCGAUAUGUUUUAAAGAAAAAUAUUAGACUGUUUACUAUUGAGUAAUAGCAACACACGCUGCAGCACGUGGCUUAUUUAUAUAUAUGGAUUUUAAACUGAGCAAUGGUUUCUUCGAUUUGUGUGUAAAUAUAUCGAACAAUGAUCCUGUUCAUUUAAAAAAUGUCUUAUUAAGAUUGCACCAAAUGGGUUACAGGACAGUAGCAUUGAAUCAAAUUCUACAUGAAAAUGUCUUCGACGAUAAAAAGAAGAAAAAAAAUGAUGAAAGUAAAGAAUCAUCAAGUAUGGUGCCAAAUCCGAUUGAUGUGUCGAAAUUGAAUAAGGAAUUUGAAGGGAAACUACAUAUACUUAAUAGGAUAACAUUUAUUUGUUCAAAUUCCACGAAAACACAUGCGGUGGCAUAUUCUGCAAAUCUAAAGAAAUAUGACUUGUAUGCCAUUGCACCAACUAAUGAUGAUAUGUUGCAGUUUGCAUGUACACAAAUAAAUGCAGAUUUGAUUACAAUACGACCUUCAGUUUCUGGUGUAAAAAUGAAGAGGAAGCAUUAUCAGCAGGCAGUGGAGAGAGGUUUAUCUUUUGAAAUACAAUAUGCAGAUCUUUUAAAACCAGAGACACGUAAAAUGGCUAUUUAUUAUGCUCAUUGGUUUUACACAUAUGGCAGGAGCAUGAGUGUGAUUGUAUCUAGUGGCGCAUAUGAUGCCAGUUAUAUCAGAAAUCCUUACGAUAUCAUAAAUCUUGGAUCUUUAUUGGGUUUGAGCGAGGAGAAAUCAAAAGCAGCUAUAUUAAAGCAAUCUCAGCUUCUUAUUUUAAGAGCAGAAAGACGACGUUGCGGCAAAGCGGUGUUCACAGUGGAAUUUACGGAAGAAUUGACGGAAGAAUCGUCGGAGGAGUCGUCGGAGGAGGAUAUGCUCGUAGAAGAAUGUUUAUAGAGAGAAAA